CUGUAAGAAUAUUGAAUAAGCUGGAAAUCCAAAAACCAGCACGACCCAAAGACCCCCCCCCCCCCUCUCUCUCUCUCUCUCUGGGUGGAUGGAUUUUCAGGAAAAGGGCGAAUCUGAUGGAUCAUGGACGAACGAGAAGCACAUCUCCUUCCUUAACUCGAUGGAGGCUUCCUUCGUGAGAUCAAUGCUCCGAAACGACGACCGCUGCUCUUUGCUAACGUACGCCCAAGGCCAUCCUCGUCUAGACCGUAUUAUCCCAGACAGCGCCGAGUCCACCCUCGAUCUCAAAAAUAAAAGCAAUAGAGGCAAAACCCAUAGAACGAACAUCAAGAGCAGUGUUGGGAUCGACAAAAAGAUGAGGAAAUGCUCUUAUCGUCCGGACAACGCAUCAAAAGACCAGUUAUCGUUACAGUUUCCUCUACUUAAAUGGGAGCCUAAUCCCUUCUUCUACCUUAUACACUGCCUUAUUCCUCGGCUCCCUGCUGCUCCAGCUUCUCGCUAUAAUAGCUUGCUUGAAGGGUAGCUCACACUCAGAAUGACAUAGAGGUACAAAUAUGUCAGGCAAGGAAUCUGUCCUCUAUAAAAUAUAAGUAGAAGAACAUUUAGGGCCCACUUGAUAAGAUAAUCAAGACAAAUGGGCCACACUUGAGAUUGUUUAUCUUCAACACUAGCCGUGUGCUACAUCAAACCUAAAAACU